AAACUUUAAAAAAUACAAAAAAAUGGAAGCAUUACCCUCACAUCUAAACGGAAUUGUAACAGAAAAUGGAGUUUUAUCAAAUAAAUGUGACGAUCAACAACCAACAAAAAAUGGUUACCACCAAAAUGGAUAUAUAAAUGGAGUAAACAAAAAAGAUUUAAAAAAUGUUGUUGGAAAUGGCUGUGAAAUGCCAGCUUUGAAUGGGUUAACUAACGGACACGCUAAAGAUGCAGUUAAUGGAACUAUCGCCCACAUUCCUCGUCCAUUACGGCCGAAUCAACGUCUUCGAAUAGCCCAAAUAGCUCCUCUAUUUGAAAGUGUUCCUCCAAAAUUGUAUGGAGGUACUGAACGUGUAGUCCAUUAUUUAACAGAAGAAUUGGUACGUAGAGGGCAUCAAGUUACUCUUUUUUGUUCCUCUGACAGUAAAACUAGUGCAGAAAUGGUUGCUAAUGAUUUUUGGCCAGCUUUACGUCUAAAUCCUGUUUGUAUACCUAUAAUUCCAUUUUUGUGUAUGUUGGAAGAUGUAAGAAAAAGACAGAAUGAUUUUGAUAUUUUGCACUUCCACACAUUCGAACAUUUCGGCAUGUUAAAAGACAUUAGUGAACGUUCAGUAACUACACUACACGGAAAGCUUUGUAUUCCGGACUUGGUCCCCCUCUUUUCAUGCUUUCCCCACUCCAAACUAAUUUCAAUCUCCGACAACCAACGAACACAUUUAAAACACAAAAAUCCAAAUUUUGUUGGAACUGUUUACCACGGAAUACCAAAAGAUAUGUUCAAUUUCACAGCAAAACCGAAAGGAGAAGAGCCUUAUUUGGCCUUUCUGGGGCGCAUUGCAGAGGAGAAGAGACCUGAUAUUGCAAUUAAAAUAGCGGUGAAGGCUGGGAUUCCGUUAAAAAUAGCUGCAAAAAUUGAUAAAGUAGAUGUUGAAUUUUGGGAGACUGAGGUUAAGCCGUUAGUUGAUCAAAAUCCGGAAUUGGUGGAGUAUAUUGGGGAAAUUACUGAUAGUCAAAAGGGAGAAUUUUUGGGGAAUGCGAGAGCGUUAUUGUUCCCGAUCGACUGGAAUGAACCUUUUGGACUUGUUUUGGCCGAGUCUAUGGCUUGUGGAACACCUAUAGUUGCCCGUCCUUGUGGGUCUGUUCCGGAGGUUGUGGAGGAGGGAGUAACAGGAAUAAUUUUUGAUACAAUCGAUGAAGGUGUAGAAGCCGUUAAACGAGUACACAAAAUGGAUAGGGCAUUGGUACGUGAAACUUUUGAGAAGCGAUUUACUUCAGAAAUAAUGGCAGGGAAUUAUUUGAAGAUUUUUGAGAAGAUGAUGACUCAGACAGAAUAA